ACUCCCCCACUGACCCACCGGAUUUAUCUGUUUCCAUAUGACCGCGUUUUCAUUCACUGCGGAGUUCAUAUUCAUACUGGAGUCCCUCUGUGGAACAAGUACUGGACCUUGACAGAGAAAGACAAAGGAGAGAGAAGGAGACAGACAGACAGACACAGAGGGAGGGAGAGAGAGAGAGAGAGAGAGAGAGCGAGAGAGACCAAAUGAAGUGUUAGCAGCAGGGGAGCGCAGACACAAGGGAGGGUUUUUUAAAUUCCAUUUCCAUGCUCCUCGGAUAAUAAUCACUUAGAACUUUACAGCCAUGCACUUAAUGGGAAUAUCUCUUUUACUUGCAUAUCUUCACUACACCAACCUCGCCAGCGACUUCAGCCACAACGACUAUUAUGAUUACUACGAGCAGGAGCAGACGGACAAGCCGGACUCUCCACCAAAGCCAGACAUGGAGCAGAAAUUGCGUUCAGCCUCCAGUGUUGAUGAGCUGAUGAGUCUCAUCUAUCCUUCAUAUUGGGCUGCUCUGAAGUGCAAAUCUAAACUUUCUGCUGCCGCCACCUCCUCAGGCUCUAGGCUCUCUCAGGGGCCACAGCCCCGCCAACUAAGGCCACUGGCUCAUACAGAACAGCCAACAUUUGCUGCUGCCUACUUCAACUUGGAUGUCCUGAAAAGUAUAGAGUCGGAGUGGAGGAAGACUCAGUGCAUUCCCAGGGAGGUGUGUGUCGAUGUGGGCAGGGAGUUCGGGGCGCCCACCAAUAUCUUCUAUAAACCACCAUGUGUGUCCGUCUACAGAUGUGGAGGAUGCUGCCACUCUGAAGACAAACAGUGCAGGAAUAUCUCCACUGGUUACCUCAGCAAAACUCUGUUUGAGAUCACAGUGCCAAUCACUCAAGGCACUAAGCCGGUUACCAUCAGUGUCGCCAACCACACUCAGUGCAGCUGCCUGUCCAAACUGGAUGUCUACAAACAAGUUCACAGUAUCAUCAGGAGAGCCCUGUCUGAGUGUCCGGCAGCUAACAGGACUUGUCCUCCUGGUCAUACUUGGAGCAGCAGGCAGUGUCGGUGUGUCAGCAUGACCACUAAUGUGCACCACAACCCCCCUCCUCCACCACUGCCCCCUCCAAAGCCCUCCCAGCAGCACCGUGACAUAUUCUCAGCAGAUGUGUGUGGCCCAGACAAGGAACUGGACCUAGAAACCUGUCAGUGUGUGUGUCAGCGCAAGGAUCAAGCUCAAGACUGUGGGCCUAACCGAUACCUCGACCUCAACACCUGCCAGUGCGUUUGCAACAUGCCACCUGCUCACUCCUGUCCGCUGAACCAUGUCUUCAAUAAGGAUACGUGUCAGUGCAUAUGUAGCAAGACAUGUCCAAGGCACCAGCCCCUCAACAAAACAAAGUGUUCCUGCGAAUGUAAUGAGUCUCCCAAUAAGUGUUUCCUAAAAGGAAGGAGAUUUCAUCAAGCCACAUGCAGUUGUCUCAGGCCUCCCUGUGACGUGAGGAGGCGGAGGUGUGAACCAAGUUUUUCAUUUAGCGAGGAAGUGUGUCGCUGCGUACCAUCCCACUGGAGGCGGCUCGACUAACAGCCGAAUAAUGGUAUGCUAACAAGAUGCUAAUGAACAGAUAAAAAAAACUUAACAAAUAGAAUUUGCCGUCCCCUGUAAACCUGCUGAUCAUGAGUAUUCCAUCAGCUGUGAUGGCAGCUAGUGUGUGGACCCUGAUGAAUGUGGGGAAACCUUAAUGAUUGGAGUACAGAUAUGGGAAACUUUUUGUGAUUUGAAGAUGGGAUAUGCACUGACUCGGCUAUCAGGAUGUUCUAGGGGAUAGUGGCUAAUAGGAGCCCAGAAACCGAAAGAAGAACUGAAAGGGAGAGAGAGAAAGUCAACACUCGAGGUUUUAAAAUGUUGUCAGAAUAAUUUGUUUUAAAAUAUUUGGGGGGUUUUGUAUUAAUUAUGUCUCAGUAUUAUUAUGUCAGAUAUAGAUUAUAUAAUUUAUUAAAUGUUAUUUUAUCUGUUAAUUGAUAUUUCAAUCUUUUUCUAUGAAAAUACACUGUGAUCAUUAUUUUUCUAUCGUGUAUGGUAUAUGUGUAAAAUAAAGUAUAUGCUGUA